UUUUGUUUACAAAAUUGUUUGUUUUGGCAUUCUCUUUCUCUGCCAAAAUUAGGAAUUUCCCCAAGGAAAAUUGGGAAAUUAACGUGAUUUUGUUACACCAGUUGAGUGUAAUUCUGACAAAAUUCUAAUCUUCUAUUAACAAACUCGACAAAUAGUCGGUGGAUCCAAAAAUAUGGUGAAAGUUGGAAAAGUCUUGGUAUGUGGGAUGAAAAGUGUUGGGAAAACGGCAAUUAUUGAGCAAUUAAUUAAUGGAAAUAUCACUCCAGACUCGGAAUUACACCCAACAAUUGAAGACACAUACGUGGCAAGCAUCGAUACGGGACGUGGGCAGCGAGAUUUAUUGCGAAUCUUCGACACAGCUGGCCUUCAGGGUAAUAUCCAGCUUCCAAAGCAAUAUUUCCAGCUAUCGGAUGCCUUUGUCCUCGUCUACGAUCCCAGUGAUCCCGCAAGUUUGGACAUACUUGCGGGCAUUAGGAAGGACAUUGAUCAGUACAAGGAUAAGAAGGAGACAAUUGUUAUUGUUGUGGCCAACAUGCACAUGCGAACGCAUCGAAGCUCCGCGGAAAGAGGUGAAAUAAAUCCCGUGGAAUCCAUACUCAAUCGUGCGAAUAUUUGGUGCUCACGGGAGCGUUUUAAGCACUACGUUGUGAAUGCCAUGGAGAGGGCAUCUCUCUAUGAGCCCUUCAUUAAUUUAGCAUCGAGAAUUCAUGUACCACAGACAAAGAGUGCUUUCCCACAGCUGAGACAGCUCACACAGAAGAAUUCUCUCAAUUACUAGACAACAAAAGGAAACACCAGAAACUUCCUGUUGAGCGUAAGUCUUCCUCACCAUCGAAUAAAUUCCAAAUUAUAUUUAUUAUUGUGAACAAUUAUGUACUUAAAUGAUAUUCAUGCUUUAUGUUUUAUUGGAAAACAAAAAAUCAAUUAUUUAUUUAAAAAAUAUAUAAUAAAGGAGUUGACCCGCUUUCAAUACAAAAAAAAACUCCAUUGUUCAAAGAAAUAAGAAUACCUACACAUAAUUUUGUAUGUAGAAUAAGAAAUCUCCAGUCCCUUCCCGUUUUCCACUAGGAUAAGGAGAAAUCAGCAGAUACCUAGAAGCGUUAAAUGGUUUUUUGUAAAGAAUUUCUCCCUAAUCCCAUUAUAAAAAAAUGGGAAGUUUCUUUGAAAACUUUUAAUCCGGAUUAUUAUUUAGUCCGGAUUAUUUCUUUGUAUUAGAGUAAUUUUCUAUGAAAAGCGAGUAAAUUCCUGGAAUCCUUUAUAAUAUUUCUGAACCUCCCUGUAAGAAAUUCCUAAAAAAGCAAUAAACAUUAUUGCUUUAAAAACGUUAAAAUAAGGAAAACAGGAAAAAGUAGAAAUAAAGUUUUAUUCUAAGAAGUAUAAAA